AUGUCGGUGGACAUCUUCUCGUGCCCGAUCCCGCCGGCCGAUGGUGGCAGUGACGAGGUGCACCUCUCCGACGGCGUCUCUUACAACCACAACGGCCGGCCCAUCCCGGCGGCGGCUCUCAGGGUGCUCAUCGCCAAGAAACCCGAGCUCGCCGCCGAGUGUGGCGCCACCGCCGCCGACGUGGACACGGGCCGCGCCACCGGCCUCGUGUUCGUCUCGGAGAGGGAGGAGGGCCUGGAGACGCUGCACGUGGCUCUGCGCUUCGACGGCAAGGUGAAGGUACUGAGCCUGGCCGACGCCUUCGGCGGCGUGCGCAUGGAGGACAGCGGCUGUUUCGGCGGCGGCUUGGCUCCCGACGCCGCCGCCAACCCAUGCAUCGUCUACGUCUCCACCAAGAAGCCGGUGGAGAAGCGGCGCAUCCCCUGGACGGUGGUGUACCGGACCAACCUCAGGACCGGCGAGAUGGAUCGGAGACGCUUACUCCAGACGGGGAGUACGAUCUGA